CCGCCAUAAACUGAAAACCAGAAGAACAAGAAGAAGCUUCUGCGCAUGUGUAAUCGCAUUCCAGAGACUUCGCAGCAGGGUCCAAAACACAGGCGAAAUAUCCUUUCUACAUCGACAGUACGUGACAACAGUGGUGUUUGAAGAUCUCAAGAGGUUCUUCAUUUUGGGCGGCCUGUCUGAGCCACAGUCAUGGUGUGCAUUCCCUGUAUUGUGAUUCCUGUCCUGUUGUGGGUCUACAAGAGGUUCCUGGAGCCUUUCCUCUAUCCUUUUAUUUCACCAAUAAUUAAUACGUUCUGGACUAAAAAAGCCGUCCAGGAGACUGGCACAAGUGACCAAAAAGUCAGUGAAAAGAGCAAUGGGACUCUCAAGACUGAAAGCAAUGGUGCUGCGACGGCCAAUGGAUCCACUAUAGCAGCAGAUAAGAAGACGGAUUGACGGCUCCAAAUGUUUAGAAUGCAUCAAACACAAUGUAAAUAUUUCAUUAAUAUAAAAUAGAGAAACUAUGAAUGAACUUAUCAGGCUUCUUUUAAUGGAGUGGUUUUAUAACCUUCCAUACUGUGUGUACCUUGUUUUAUUUUUUUCAUUGACAGUCACUUUAAGAACUUGGUAAUUGUUAAAAUAUUUUUCUCGCUAAUCAUGAAUUGAUACAUGCAUUUACUGUAUUGAAUAUUCAAUGUUAAUGGAAUCGUUUUUUUCUAUGUCAAACUUGCAGUUUAAUGAAUGAAUAAAAGAAAACCUUCAAAA